AUGGCGCCGUCUCUUUCUUCCCUGCUCCUCGCGCUGCUUCCGCUGGUCUCUGGCCUACCGGACCCAUCGCCAGCCACCGUCAACGUCAGCAACCCCAACAGCACGACCAAGAUGGACGGCAGCUGGAUAGUCGUCUGGAAGCAGGAAGCCGAUGAUAAGACCAUUGCAGCUCGCCAAGCCGAGUUCUCCGCCACCCUGAGGAAGCGCAGCCUCAGCAAGCGAGACGGCGCGCCCAUGAAGUCCACGGACCACGCCAUAGGGGACUUUCGCGCCACGUCCUGUGACACAGAUGCCAAGACCAUGAAUCUCAUGAUCUCUGAGGCUGCCGACCAAGUCGAAUUCGUCGAGGCCAACCAAAGGAUCACCAUGUUCCAGACUGAGGAAAAGGAGGCCAAGCCUCCCAAUGUCAACCUCACAGCGCUGCAAGAAGCCAGCGCAAGGGAUAAAGGGCCCAAAGGAGCUGGCACUGUCGUCUACAUCAUGGACACGGGCGUCAACGUCAAUCACACGGUCUUCGGGGGCCGGGCCGAAAUGGUCGGAAACUUUGUCGCCAACGAGCCCAACCAGGACCUUAACGGCCACGGCACCCACUGCGCGGGCUCAGCAGCGGGCCUCGGGACCGGCGUCGCUCCCGAAGCCCUGAUCAGGGGCGUCAAGAUCCUCAACCAGGCGGGAGCCGGCGGUGGCAACAGCAUCCUCGAUGGUUUUGAGGCCGCCUGCAAGGACGUAAAGAACAACCGGUUUCAGGGGAAGUGCGUCGUCAGCAUGUCGCUCGGCACGGAAGAAUCCGACGCGAUCAAUAGAGCCGCCGUGCAAAUGACCAAAUGCGGCUGCGCCGUCGUCGUGGCUGCGGGCAACGAAGACAGAGAUGCAUCGGCCGUGUCUCCGGCCUCGUCCAGGGGCGUCAUCACGGUCGGCGCCACGGACGUGCGGACGAACAAACUCGCCGCCUUCACCAACAGAGGCCCGGACGUCGACAUCAGCGUUAAUGGCGUCAACGUCAUCAGUUCCGACGCAAAAAAUGAAACCGGCCUCAAAGACCUGACCGGAACCAGCAUGUCCGCUCCCCAAGUUGCCGGCAAAGCACUCGAGGUCUUGAGCACUGGCAAAAUCAAAUGCAGCACCGACUGCACCGACGUCGUCAGGGAGGCUCUACAGAAUCAAGCUAGACAAGAAAAGCCUAUCACAGAGGAGCCAGGCGCUCUCAAAACUACCCCACUCCAGCUCAACACCACAGGGGAAGUGCCCGUGGAUUUCAAAGGCCCUACCGCCAUCGGCGCCGGCGGUCGAAAGGGUGGCGCCAGCCAGGGUGGCAAUGGCCUUGGUGAAGAGAGUGCUGGCAAGGUGAGGAAGGGAGACAAGGGAGACAAGGGCGGUGCCGCUUGA